AGCAUAACCCCGCCCUUCGAGUUUCAAAUCCGAGUCAUUUACGAAACGCGUUGCUGGUGUCUGCCGCUGCGGUUUGACCGCGCCGGCCUCUGUAACACGUGCGCGCACUGCGGCCCGGCGCGCCGUGCGCGUUGGGGAACGUGGAAAGAGAGAGGUCCCUGCAUCCUGACACCGCGCGCCACCAUCGCCUCGCCCCUCGUCUAAGGAAGGAGUUGUGUUCCUUGCGGUUCUUGGAGGACUCUUGAAUUCAUGGAGGGGAGGUCCCGCGGAGCAGGCGCUCAAGGGAGAGGAGGUGGGCGGCGACAAGCAAAGAAGAGGGAACGCAUCAUGCGCCAUCAGCCGAAGAACGUGGUCUUUCCAGCAGUGGAGGGGGGUGCUGCUGAUGAACGUAAAGAUGACAAUGGUGGCAUUUCCUUCCCAGCAGCAGUGGCACCUUUCACACCGUGGUGUCAGGAGCAGGAGCACAGCGUUGAUGCUGGUCCUGAGGGAGCGCAGAGGCAGGACACUGACAAAAGCUGGGCUCUGGGACUUCAGCAGCUGCCCGAUGUUCUCACAGCGGAGUCGAUGGCCCAGGCACGCGCCGCGGAGAUGCUGGCCAUGCUGCAGGCGGUGAAGAGGAAGAGCUCGGUGCGACGAGUCUUCCAGACGCUGCCCACGCACAUGCGGCGCCGCGCCAUGAGCCACAACGUCAAGCGGCUACCACGCUGCCUUCGCGACGCCGCCAAGAGGGAGGUGCGACGACUCGCAGCGAGAGACCCCCUCGCCACGUUCACUCGCACACCGCCUAUGGAUGAAUCCAGUGCCAAGGCGAAGGUGGUGCCCAAGUGCCGCUCGCGUAAGGCGCGGCGCCGCCACGGCAGCCUGCUGCUCGACUACAACCGGCGGCAGCGGCGCCACGUCUGGCUCGAGACGCACGUCUGGCACGCCAAGCGCUUCCGCGUGGCCGAGCGCUGGGGCUACCGGCUUGGCUUGCAGCCCACCACCAAGACAUACCGCAGCGCCUACCGCGCCAUGGCCCAGCGCUGCCUCCUACAGGAUGUGUCUUACUACUGCUGUCUGGAGCUCAAGGGCAAGCAGGAGGUGCUCCUGGGAGUUUUAUCCACGCUUUGCAGCCCAGAGACAGGCACUUAUUUUGAUGGGGUGGAUUACCUCAGUGGACAAAGGCAGGGGUCCUUGGUGAUGUACAGAGCAAAUGGCUUUCCCACCCAACCGCUGGGUCCUGUCACCUUUUUAUGGCGGCCAUUGCAAAAGCCUGAUGAACGAGAGAUGAAUACGGAGCACCGGCAGCUAUGGAUCUGGGUCCAUCCUGCCAUGAAAAAUGAGGUAUUGUCCGAGCUGAAGGAGAAUUUCAAAUGCUUAGAGCCAGUGUUGGAGCCACCAGACCUCAAAGUGGCUCCUCCAACACAGACUCCAGGUGUCACCGGCCCAGCGGAGGGCACUCGGUCAUCCGCUGAAGCCUCCGGCAUACAAGCGGCAUCCGCACCGCAGCGAGCGCAGCUCGGCGAGACCUCCGCCGCCCGUAAAAGCGAAAUGAAAGCUGCGCUGCCGGAGGCUGCGCGCGGUGCCAGAAGGGGCAAAGCGAGCGGGACGCGGAAGCGGCGGGCGGAGGACGGUGAGCAGCAGCAGCCCGGAGCUCCUCCGGCGAAGCGCAUUUACGGUGACGGAACCCGCGGUCCACAUGAGCCCAGGAGCUGGUCGUCGGUCUCCACAGGGACUGUUCUCACUGACCUGACAAUGGAGAUGGUGAGGUUUCAGCUGAUCGGUCCUCGCUCCGGAUUUAUACUGACACACGCUCUCCGGCCUGCAGACGUUCACCACGUAAGAUCCACGUGUCCUGCACGAGAUGAAUCUGAAGGCCAGGGCAAGACUUCAUGGUGGCUGAAAGUGUGCAGCGAGCCAUCGCACGUCUUGCAGCAUGAGAAUCAGGGACAAAUCUUCCAGCUUCUCGCCGGGUUGGGCAGUGCCUCGGACGUGCCUCCAGGGUGCGUGCUGGGCCUGACGGUGGGCGACCCACGCCUCGAUCUCCCCAACAAGCGGACGAUACCUGUGGACCCCAGCAUCCCUCCUGCGAGUGGUGGCGCCGCAGCUUGCAACAACGAAGCGAACGUGCUGGCGAGGAGCCUGCAGGAGGGACACGCGCAGAGCUGGAUCUGGGACCGCUCCGUCCGCGAUGAGGUCACGGAGACUAAGAUCCCAGAGCAGGAGCUGAAUCGCAUGCGCCACAAGGCCCUGGUGCCGGGCUCUCGUCUCAACCUGGGCGCCAGAGAGUCGAGCAUUCCCGCGCUGCUGCUUCAGCAUCCAGGCCGGCAGGCGGGGGCCGGGCUUGCGGGAUGGGGGGUGGCGUGGGACCUGGUGCUGCCCAAGGCGUGGGGCAUGGCCUUCUGGAUCCCGCUGGUGUACCGCGGCGUUGUGGUCGGGGGCCUCCGUGAGGCGGAGCGGCACUCGCAGUACCAGGGGGCGCCUCACUUCCCCCGUGAUUUCCCGGACUGCCCCGCCGGCUCGCGCCACGACGCCGAGAGCAAGGAGGCGGCGAUCGCCAAGUUCAAACGGUACCCACCAGCCAAGAGGCCAAACUACGUGAAGCUGGCAAUGCCUACGCCCUUCCACUUCCCGUGGGAACUGCUGGUGCACGAGUGGGAGCUCAUGGGCACGGAGUCGAGUGUGGAGGACGAGGAGAAACCCGAGGCGGAAUCUGUCAUGGAGAUGGAGUCUCCCUCUAUCGACCCAAAUCAUGGAGCCUCGUUUCUGGGCCAGACAAAGUCUGAGCUCACAGAGGAGGCUUCUGAAGGAGAAGCGGAAGAGACUCGGGAAACCUCCAAAGUCUCUGGGAAAGAGCAGCGGGCAGAGGUGAGGGGGGGUGGCACGGCAGGAGAGGAGAUCACGGCGGGAGAACUCGUGUCGGUGGAUGGGGAGCCAAGCUCGGAGCGCGUGGAGCCCGGAUGUGAGACGGGCGAUGGCAGAGAUCGCGUGGAACAAGAGCAAAAGAUGGAGUUGCCUUCGGAAGUCACAAGCGAACCAUUCUAUGUGAUCAGGAGCACGAGUGUGCUGACGCAGCUCGCCCACUGGUGCCGCUCCCUUCCUCCUGCCACGGGGGCGGCCCUGGCGCAGCAGCCCCUGACGACAGCCCUGACGCUGGCGAUGUCGCGCGGCCAUCCGCGUGCGCUGCUCUGGGUGCGUGUCGACCCGCUCCAGCGCGGCUCCCCGGAGCCUCACGCCACCGUCGCCGUGCCCGACCCCGCCGACCUGGACCUCCUGCGCCGCAACCCAGCCUUCACGGGGCCCCUGGAGCCCAGGCGGCGCGACGCUUUCCGGCUGACGAGGGCGGAGCGCAGGGCGGUGGGGCUGAGCCGGCGGAAGCGGCGCCUCUCUGGUGGGGGCACGGAGGGCGGAGGGGAGGAUCGUGGCGGUGAUGGUGGUGUCGAUGACGAUGUUGCCGAUGUUAGCAAGAAGGCCGACUGGAUCCUAGGGCUGUACCCGGAGCCCGUGGGUUCCAUGGCGUCGGCGUGCUCGCGCCCCACGCUCGGCUUCCUGACGCAGGGUGACUUCUCCAUGGCUGUUGGCCACGGCCGAGGGUUCGGGUUUGUGAGCCUCGCUGGGCUCCUGCGGACACUGCUACAGCAGCAGCUACUGCAGCAGGACAAGGCUGCGUCACUACCAUCUCCACCACACACUUCGCAACCUCGGGGAGUUCUGCUGCUCACACGCAACGUGAACUCCCUGCAGUACCGUUUUGUGCGGGUGAGCAUAGACGUUUAGAGUUUACCUCCACCAGGCCCAAUUAAUUCGGCCAAAUGGCGUUACAGAUGCAGGCAGCCCAGUGGUGCAGAGAUUUGAGCACCCUAUUAAAACUCUUAUGGCUGCGAGUUCAAAUCGCAAUUUGGGUCAACUGGACUCAUUACCACCAAUGAGUUGAGAAAUUGUAGAAUUGAGGUUACCCUGUGGAUCGACUGGUCCACUGCAUAUGAAUGAGUUUUGCACCUGAUUAGGGCCACCAACACUCUUUGGCAGGUAGUCUGCUCACUACAGCAUCUUUACUAUUGAGGUUCAUUGAACAUCGCCCCCUACUGCAAAAACUUGGCAGGACCCUCAUGAAAGUCUUGAGACCUUAAGGAUUUUCUGGGUGAACUAGUGCAUAUGAAAUAAAUGAAUGAAUCUGGUUCCUAGAAACGUUUAUUGCACAUGGGUUGAGCCUCAUCUAUUCCAGUCAAGUAUUUUGCCUCUAUACAGCAGUGGAAUGGAACUGUGCCUGUUUGAUUUGUAAACAUUUAAUUGGUUCUUUCGGUAAAGUCACAUAGAAUGGAAAUAAAAUAAUAAAAAUAAAACAAUAAAAUAAAUUUCUCGCGACGUUUCG